AUGUGUCGUCUCCUGAACGUCUUGUUGGCAUUGUUGAGUCGCUUCCUGUUUGCGGUCCACGGGGUGCUGACGGUGUGGCGUGUGGUGGCUGUUAAAGGGGAUCCACUCUAUUGGCUGCUGCUGACGGGUGUGGCACUGCUGGGAGUGGAAAUGGCUGUCACACUGAAAUGCACCCGUAAUGCUGAGUGGAAAUGGUUCUCCCCCAUGGUUUUUCUCUACCUCAGUAGUGUCAUCCCGUCCAUUUGGUUUCUGGAGCUGAGCCUGCUGCAGUCCAAGCUGCCCGUCAACAAUUCCUCAGGCCAUGAGCUUCAUAUGCUGGCUCACAUCCCGAUCACAGCGGGCAUUGUGGAGCUGGACCCAGAGAACUGGGUAGCUGGACUGGAGCAGACCAUGCUCAUAGUGCUGGUUCUGGGUCGCUGGCUAAUGCCCAAAGGGGACAUGUCACGUGACCAGCUCUCACAGCUCCUCAUGGUCUAUGUGGGACUGGGUGCCGACAUCCUGGACAUCUUCGACACCUUCAAGGAACCUGAAGUCAAAACCAACCGGAUGGUUGUCAUCAUCGGCUUAGCUCUUUUUUCUUGGGCUCUCAUGCAGUUUCCUCUGGUUCUCACUCAGACACGACCUGCAGAGGGUGAAUCUCCUCAGGCCAGAAUAGGUGCUCUCCUCUGCUGCCCUGAAGCUCCACCUUCAUUUGCUUCCUGCUGCUCCAGUGAAGUGUGGAGCUUGCUGCUCACGGUUGGACUCCAAGAUGGCCCGUUCCUGCUUUACCGCAUCUACCUCAUGGUACAAGAGCAAGUACUCAACCAGCUCAUGAUUUUCUUUACCUGCAAGAACAUCCUUAUUGUCCUUUUGGAGCUUUACAGAAUCUUUGUGGUUCAGUGCGAGCAGAAAGUUCGAGAAUCAGGGUUGAAGAGGUGUGCUGCUCUGCUGCCCCACUGUCAAAACCAGGAGGGCAAUGAGGAGGAGGAGGAGGAGGAGGAGGAGGAAGCAGGUAAAGAGGAGUGUUGUGGAGAGCAGAGCUGUCAUAUAGACAUGAACAGGGGGACCGAGAGGGAGGAAGAUCAAAGAGGUGUCCAGGUGUGCUUGGCACAGAGGCUGCGGCGGCAGGUGAUGACAAUCAGCAAUCAGCAUCAGCAGAAGCACGAGCAGGUGGAGCAGAACCAAUCAGGAUUCUCCCUUUCGACAAUAAAGCCAGACCUCUGGACUGCUACCUGCUCGUACACAACCAGCUCCUGUUUCCCAGACUCACCUGGCUUCCUGGUCUCCUCAGCUUGCCUGUCUUCCAUUACCGCCUCUCAGCCCAGUCCCCCCCCGACCCUGGAUACUCACCUGGUUCGUCUUCCUCUCUCUGCCACUAUUCCUGACGAUACCCCCCACCUUCACGCCUGUCGUCGCAGCCUCCGAACACCAGCCACACACCGAGUCUCUCCCAGCCACUCCACCCUCGACGUUCUGCCCGGCUCUCCUGUCUUCCCUAACUCCUGUUCUGUUCAGCUAAGUCUCAGUCCAUGCUUUCCAGACUAG